AUGCGUUUCAAUAACAACCUCUUCUUGCUCGCCUCCUUCCUCGGUGCCGCAACCGCCUUCCGUCGAACUUGCAGGCCCGCGACUGCCAAAGAUGGCACCGGCUUUUAUACGAUGACGAAAUCCGACCAAUGGGAUACUAUCGCGGCCGACUUUUGCGUCAGUGUAGAAGAGCUUGCAGGGAUGAACCCGCGGGACUUUGGGAAGCCAGGAGACGUUUUCAAAGUUCCUUGCAAAGUCCGAAAGCGCGAUUGCGCUAGGAUAGCGAACAGCGCCUAUGGUUAUUACACGGUCGCCAAUGGCGACAACUUGCAAGCUAUCGGCAACGACUUUUGCAGCGAUGUCGACACCAUAAAGUGGUUAAACCCUGACAUCAAGAGCGACUCGGUUGCCCCUGGCAAGGUCGUCAAAGUUUUUUGCAAUUGGAACUAG